GUUAGGAAUUAAAUUCAGGGUUCUCUUCACAAACUAAUAUCACCUGUAAUUUCUAUUUAAUCAUAUGAACGAAUGAAUUGCGCCAAAAUCUAAAACGUGCCAUCUUUAAUUUUAUUGGUUCGUCCAGAGGUUAUAGUCUUGCCGAUUGCUAAGUAAUGGUCUAAAUUAUUUCCUAGUAUGAAUGUCUUGUGUUCAGGCCACUUAUAAAAACGAUUUAGUGGUUGUGUUUUCGCUGAUUAUUGCAUUUCCCGUUCUAUAAUUUCUAUGGAGUUCAUUUCACCGAAGUUCAAUUCUGAAUGCACACUAUUAUCAUUCUUCCAACCAUAAAUUUUGUCUAUUUGGUCCCCGUGCUAAAAUGUGCUUUCAUCACGUUCAAUUUAGAACGAGUAAUAAAAUUACAAAUGCUCGGUGUUUUUGAUGUUGAUCUGCUACCACAGGAACUUCCACAUACUACUAUUACAUCAUGCCUUUGCAGUGGUGCCGUUUUUACAGGUUCUCAGCGAUCCAAGGGUAAAAAGUAUAACGUGGAAGUAACAAUACAAGCAAGACAAUAUCUUCGAUAAUCAUGACCUUUAUUCAGUAUGUCGAUAUGAAGCAAAAAAUGGUGUACGGCUUUAUGAAAAUUGAGAAUUUGACCCAAGAAUAUCCAAGUCUGACCACAUAUUUUGAAGGAGAAAUAAUAAGUAGACUACACCCGUUCAUGACUGGUAAAUGGGAUGCUACCUUGGAAACAGAUGUCUUACACUGGGAAAAAAUACCAGCAACAAGUUCUCUAGGGAACUUUCAUAUAGAUAGUUUCGACUACUCUAUUUUAGAAACAUCCGAUACGAUAUUUAUGAGAUGGAAAGAAAAGUUCAUUGUUCCAGAUCCCGGGUUGAAACACAUAGAGGGAGCGUCAUUCGCUGGAUUUUAUUAUAUCGGAUUACAGAAAUCUAUUGGACAUGUUCUAGGUUAUUACUAUCAUCUUAACUCAGAAAUGUUUCAAUCUCUCGAACUGAAAUAUAAACCAGAAAGCACACCGUCUAUUUUUCAGUUGCGUUAAGGAUGUUCAUUAUUACGUAUUGGCUUGUGAGAUAGAUGUGUUUCAACUGAUUUAUCGCUCGAUUUUUAUUUAUUUGCUAGACAGGAUGUGGCACUUCAUUUUCAUGAUAUCUACAAAUGUAUUUAAAUAGCAGUUUAUGACAAAUACACUUCAAUUUACAUCUUCAUGCAGUCCUUAAUCACUAUAUUUAUACUAAUAUCUCUGAAAUGUACAGCUUUUAGUAUUUAUUGAAAAAUUCACUGAGUCACUUGAAAAAUAUAAUUCUAUUUGAUA